CUUUCAAACGCAUUGGUCGAGCGCGCGCACUUGGAGAACGCUGCGAAAGUGUUGAAACAGUUUUUCAAACCCAAAAACAGCAGUUGAAUGAAAUAGCCCCGCAGGAUGGGGAUAGUGCAAGUUCUGGUGUAAGUGUAAGGAAGGACGAAGGCAAAAGCCAGAGCCGAAGUGAGAAAUCCAGCAGCCAAAGGACUACGCCAGAAGCAUACAAAUGCCAGCCAUGGCGCAACUUUUCAUAAGCGGCACUUGCGGCUUACAGGCAAAAUAAGCGGGGCAACAGCACCGGCAAAGAAGAAAGGACACCCAGCUCGCGCCACAGCAGCAGCCCCAGCAGGAGUCGCGAGCAGCAGCCACAAUGGAGCAGGACUCUGCAGCGGGUCCUGCCAAGAAGAGCGGCACCACCCUCUCCGUCGACCGGGCCGCCUUCCUCCUGCUGCGCGUCAGGAAAGUGUUCAAGAAGAAGCGGCAGCAGCGCAAGGAGCGACAAGCCCAGCAAAGUGCCGCCGCCGCCGCCGCGGGUGGUGCAGGCGGAGUGGGCGGUGGGGCAGGCGGUGGUUCCGGGUCGCAAUCGCGACCGGGCAGCCGCAAGCUGCCGCCGCCAUUGAUACGGUCGCGCACCCUGCCCGCCAUCAUUGUGCCAGGACUUCCGGUCGUCUCGCUGCACACGGACAAACAAACAUUCCAACUGGACGAGCGCUUGCUGGGCAGCAAAAGCCGCAGUGGCAGCGCCAGCGGUCAUCGGUGGUCGCUGCUCACACGUGGCAGCAACAACAGCGCCAGCAACAACAACCCCGCCAGCAGCAACAACAACAACAACUCGCAUUUGGCCAACAACAACAACACACUGAUGGUGAAGUCACUGAAUUUGCCAAAAGACGAUAGCAAUUUGGUCUAUCGCCGGAAGUCCUCGGGCAGCACGCCCCACCAGCAUCAGAGCUCGCACCACCAUCCGCACCACCACCACCACCACCUGCAGCAGCAGCAGCAGCAGCAGCAGCAGUUGCAUCAACAGCAGCAAUUGCAGCAGCAUUUGCAUCUGCAACAUCUGCACCACCUGGGCGACUCCUCGCUGUUCCAACUCUCCGAUGACUUUGAGUGCCACGCGGACGGGUCCCUGCUGCUCAGAAUCCCAGCUCCUCAUGUGGUGGCAGCCCGAGCCUAUCGACUGGCGGCCCGAAAGCGAGCGGCCGCCUCCUCGGAGGCCUCCACGCCGAUGUCCCGGGAGCACACCCUGCACGAGAUGCCCCUGGCGGAGUCGGCCAGCUCGGGAUCCGGCUCCGGCUCCGGCUCCGGCUCCGGCUCUGGAUCGAGCACGACCUUCACACGGCUGGCCAAAUUGCUGCAUCAAUCAAGCGCCCUGGCAGGCAGGUCCAAUCUGCAGCCACCGCCGUCGGCUGACAAUGCGGUCCAGAGCCUGGGCAGGGGACUGGGCCUGGGGCUCGGCGACGAGGCGCCACGUCGUCUGUCCUGGGAGAGGCGCAAGGACAGCAGUGCUCUUCAGCGCUCGGCCAGCAUCGACUCCUUUGCCGAGAUUGUGUUUAGCGAGUCGCCGCGCCCCUCGCUGGCCGUCACGGGACCAGGUGGCACCUCCUCCUCCGGCGGCCCCUCGCCGUUCAGCAAACGUCCUUCGGCCAGCAGCCUGUACUCCACCUCGACGCCCAGCUCCUUUGGCUCGCAGGCGCAGGCCCAGCUGAAUGUCAAUUACGGCGACCCGCCAGCCGGAUCCGGAUCGGCGGGAGGACCGGGCCCAGGUCACCAUGGGGCGUCGGGCGGCGGCAACGGGAGCAGCAGUGCCAGCAGCAGCCGGCGCGAAAGCAUGCUCAGCCCCUCCUCCACGCGCCGCUCCAAGCUGACCAGAAUCAUUAACGCUCUGUUCUCGGCGGUGGAGCACGGUCAUCUGGAGAAGGCGAGAACCAUCCUAGAGUCCACCGACGUCGAUGUGAAUAGCAUCAAUAACGACGGCCUAUCUGCUCUGGACCUGGCGGUUCUCAGCAACAAUCGCUCCAUGACCAGGAUGCUGCUCCAGCACGGCGCCAUGGAGGGCUCUCAAUUUUCCGUGGACACCAUUGGCACAAAGCUGAACGGCCUGCUCAAGGACGCCGAGUCGCGGAUUCACGAUCUGAGUGGACCGGAGGGUCUGUGCCCGCCCAUGUUUGCAUCGCGUCCCUCCAUCUCAAGCAUCAUAAUUGGCAACUCAAGCGCCUCGGUGACUGGCUGCACGGGCAGCGAAGUGGAGAAGCAGAUCGGCAUCUGGGAGCGGCGCGUGAAGGGACUCCGCCGCCUGCAGCUCGGCUGGGAUCAGGCCAGGCCACCAGAUGCGCCCGCCUCCGUGGUCGUCGACGUCACCGGCGACAAUUCCAUCAGCGUCCAAAUCCUAGAGCCCUUCGAGGGGGCCAUUGGCACGAAGUUCAGAGUUCAAUGGUCAACCCGUGCGGACUUUAACAACGUAGUCGGCGAGAGUGAGUUGCUGGAGUGGAUCAGCUUCCAUGGCACGAUGGGCGCCCAGUGCCACAUAUCGGGCCUCACCCAGGGUCGUCGCUAUUUCCUGAGAGCCUCCUGCGGAAAUGUCAAGGGAUGGGGUGCCUAUCGCACAUCGGUGCCCGCUAGUGUGGUGCCCUCAACCUGGAGGGAUUUGGACAAUCGAGAGGAUCGAUUUGUGGGUCGCCACCGUAUCCUGGACAAUCUGUUUACCGCCGUGCGGUUGGCCAGACCCGCUGACGUCUCCGAACUGACCUUGGAUCCUGCGAACGCCCAAAGACGCAAUCCCAAAAAGAAGACCACUAUCAAGCAGUUGUUCUCGGUCACCUCCAAGUUUCAGAAGACACUGAGACGCGGUAUUUACUUCUCUUGCAUAAUACACUGCGACGAUAAAGUGCUGGUCACCAGCGAAGACUUUCCGCCGGUUAUCGAGGUGGAUGAGUCCUACCCCAGUGCCCUGCACAUGGACUACUAUUGGCUUAUGAAGGUGGCCUGCACAUGGGAGGAUGUGAAGUCCCUACGUUCGGAUAUGGAGCGCAAUCUCACCUCCGCCGUUCACUUCCGCACCAAGCUUCUGUCGGCGGUCUGCCAGAUGCAAUCGGCACUGGGCAUCUCGGAUCUGGGUCAGCUCUACUACAAGCCACUGCGGGAUGCCCAGGGCACCGUGGUGCUGACCUGUGUGCAAUCGGUGAAGAGCCAGAAGGCAGUCUCCAUCCUAAACUCUCGAUGGCUGCCCGUCAGCAAGCUGCAGAAGAAGCUGAGUGCCCUUCACGAGGACUACACCAUCAAUGAGCUGCUCAUCUCCUCCAUAGGGGACCAAUUACACUACCAACAGGCGGCCCUGCAGAGAUUAGAGCCUGGACUUUACCUGGGCUACCUAAAAAUGCAGUGCUCCAUGGACCAGAUCCAGGUGGUGGUCCCUGUGAAAACGCCUAAUGUCCUGCCUCACUGCAAGGUGCGCGAGAACAGUCACAUCACCGCCGAGGAGUGGCAGGUGCUCCACCGAUGCAGCAGCGAUCCUCUACGCCUGCCCCUGGACUUCAGCUCUCAAGGAGUUGACUCGGCUUCCGGAGGAACAGCAACCACAGAGGUUCAGCGGCUAUUUUUGUACGAUCUCACCACUGCAAUGCACAAACUGUUCGCCAGUAUGAACAUCAAGGCCGCCGAGGCAACCACCCACCGCCUGUACGACGUGGAGGUGAUUGAGCACAGUCCGGACAUAAGUUUCUUGGUGGUCUGUCCAUCCGCCGAAUCCUCGUGUGCCGUGCCCGGCCAGUCGGAGUUGCUGCUACAGAGAGAUGAUUUGGCCAGCUUGAGUAUCCAGGCCUUUGAGAUGAUUCACCUUCGAACCUAUCAGCCGGCCAUUAUCCAGAAGUACGCACGGUUGUCCUGCAUCCUUGAACUAGACACUGCUCUGGCCACGCAUGCUCUCCGUGAGGCCUUCUCCAGCAGCGAGCUGCAGGCGGCCAAGGAGCGUUUGGCCACGCUGCAGGAGCUCAGUGCGAGUCUGACGAUAGUGUGGAAAAGCGUACGCUGGCUUAUGGAUGUGGUGGCCUAUGCCAGGAACAAAAAUGCCCAGCCCUCUCUGGCGAUGCGAGAAAUCCUGGAUUUUGCACAGCAGCGACAGGAUGAGUCGGUAACGACAUCGGCGGUGGGUUCCGCGAGCAAACAGCUUCUUCAGCUACCCAUCCGAGAGACCAAGUUCUCCAAGACGGGCCAGGGAAGAGGCAGUUGGCCAGGACCAGGAACCAACGAAGACCCCACGCAGCGGCAGCCGGAACACUCCAAGUCGGAACAAAACCUGGAAUUGAGUGUUAUUACUCCAGUGGAACCUGCGAGCAAACCAGUUCCUAUGCCACAGCAAUCCCAGCAGCAAUCGCAACAGCAGCAGCAACAACUCCAGCAACCGCAACUUCUACAAGUGUCCACCACCAGCGAAUAUGCCGGAUCCAUUUGUUCAGAGGUAUCCUUCCGUAAGAACAGUGGCGACUCCAUGAGCUCCACCUACACGUCUCGCAGUUUCUACUCCGCCGUUGACUCAGCAUCGGAUGGAAAUAGCACGAACAGUGUGUUUGCCAUUCCGCCUUCGCGUUCCGAUGACACCCUGGCGGAUGCACUGCGUCACUCGCAGGCGGUGGCUGCCCAACGCAAGCGAACCAGCUCUAAUAUAGGUUCCCAAACCAAUCCCCUCAUCACGGUGCACAGCUCCAGCUCGGCUCCAUAUCUGGCUGGGUCCAGCGUAUCCUUGAGAAGCGGCAACGGAGCCUUCGCCACGGAUUUGGAACACAAACCACUAAAGCCAGCGACAAAGGCAUCCUCCAGUGCCAACCUUCGCGAGGGUGGACCCUAUUUGAAAAGCACUCUUGCCGAGCUGCGUGCUGUGGGAGGCGAGGAGCCGGUGGCCAGUACCUCGAAGGCCUCUUCGAUGAAGAGCUUGUCGCGGCAGAGCAGCGAAGAGGACUCCGCCAGCUGUUCCAGCCUUAACGCAGAGCAGGCACCGGGGAUCAUUCAAGUGUACACCGCCUACAGCACGGGAUUGGCCAGUGGAACCAGCCUGAAGCUUCACGUGACACCCAAGACGACUGCCCGGGAAGUGAUCAACCUGGUGGUGAAGCAACUCAACAUGGCCGUCGUGCUGAAGGGAAACAACGGGCCCAUCUACGGACCCGAGAUGCUGGAGAACUUUUGCCUGGUGGCGGUGAUUGGAGCCCGGGAACGCUGCCUGCGAGAUGACUUCAAGCCGUUGCAGCUGCAGAGUCCCUGGAAAAAGGGGCGUCUGUACGUCCGACAGAAGCAUGAGCUACUGGCGGCCAUCGAGCACUCCAACCGGAAAUCGCAUUUGAUCUGAACAGCCGGACGCAAAACUCACUGGAAUCGGAGAACUACCGAAGGAGUAAAGCUUUUAAUUUAGUCGGUGGUGACAAUGAGAUCUCUAGAGAUUGUCGAGUGUCGGGAAAACAUUCAUUCACCACACACUUUGUUUCUGAAACUUCGGGGAUUUAACUGCAAUCCGGGAUUUUCGUAUCAUUCCUUCCGGGUCUUGUAAAUUUAGUUGUGUUUUAGUCUUUGGGUUGCUCCAAUCACAAAUCCCAACUCCUCCCACCCUCUGCAGGGCAAUGAUCGUUGACCAACUCCCGAAUUAGACUGAAUUACUUAUGUAUGCUGCAAUGGCAAACUGAUGAAAUUAUAUUUGAAAUGGUAUUAUAUUUUGAGUAGUUAUACAUUCUACAUUACCCAGGCAAACACACACACGAAUCGGACUAAACAAAAACCAAUUGUUGUUAGUUGUUCUAGGGUAAAGAAGGUUACGCCCGUACAUAAGUAGUAUGUAUGUUAUAUAAAUAUUAUGCGUGCAUCAAUGUAUUUUAUUGUAUGUAUUUUGUAGUUUAGUAAACAAAUGUUUUGAUUGUAUUUUUGUGGCAUUUUUAGGGGCACAUUUUUUGAUCUAAAUGUUAAAUCGGUAAAUACGGAACACAAAACCAAACCAAAUCGAUGGCGAUACUCAAAGAACAGAUGUCAAUAUGCAUUUUAAGUGUCACUCUUGAUGUCUUUGAUGUGUGUGUGUUCUAAAAUAUUGCAAUUCCAUUGGAUUAAACAUUAAACAAAUAAUUUAGCUGUAAUCGAUUGCUUAGUAUGUAACAAAAAUCACCGCAACACAAAAGAUAACGAAAACGGAGAAUAUUUUUUAAAAAUAUAUUGGCACAACUGAAUGUUGAAAAAGAGAAUAAUAGGCAACCGCAAAUCGAAAUUAAAA